CUCCCACCAUUCACAACUUUCAUUCUUCGCCCUUUUCGAUAUUUUAAUUCAAAUAUUGCGACCAAGAGGCUUUACCCAAAGUAAAAAGCGCUUCAAUCGUAAAGUCAGAUUUCCAUGGGACUUGACCCCUCGCUGUCCCCACCCCUGGCUGCUUCUCCCCUCGCUGUCUUCAUACUUCACUGUCUUCAUCAGCUUGAUGUCUCAACACUCUCGUGUCUUGGUUAUCUUCCUUUUGCUUCUUCAUCUUAUACCAUGCUGUCUUCGUUGCUUGGUAUCAUCUCAGCGGCAUCACACCUCCCAGUCACUAGCACUUGCUUUCCAUACACCUUGCAUCAACAACACCUUACCACCCUCACAUCUUGAUGCUUUGAGGUGUUGGUGCUUUUACACCAUUCACUGUUUCCCCCCGCCUCCUACUUUGCUGCCUUUACGCGCUUUUGCCGCUCAUCACACAUGGUCACAUGGUCACUAACAUUUGCAGACUCGCGACAAAAUAAAUCGCGCGCCCG